CUCGAAUAUGCAAUGCACCUGGGUUGCUUUUGAGGCUUGGGAAUAUGACAAGAGUGCUUAUCGUGAUAGUGUGCGAAACCGAGUCAAGGGAAGGCGGGGACGGUUAGUUGUGGACUUACCCGAUUGGGCCAUGGCCAGUUGUCAGUUGUUUUGCUUCCGCUCUCCGCCUUCCAGAAUCCAUCCCUUGAUUCAUCAAUUCACUCCCUACCAAGUGCGUACUAAUUCAAGGUUGACUUCUGUCUCUUCUAGCUGAAGUGCUCAGCCUUAUCAUCACAUGGAUCCGAGCUACAAAGCCCGCAAGGAGGCCUUUGUGUCCAACCUAGCCGGCGGGAGCAUCCUCGAGAUCUACGCCGUGACCUUGGUAGCUCCGGCCGCCGUUCUGCUCUGGUCUGCGCUGCAGUCUCGUCUCUCCUUCUUUUCUCCGUAUAACCCCGCGGCGCUGGUCACCGAUUUCCUGCUCAAUGUCCUCGCGAUCCUCUUUGCCACGACCGUGUACUCCGUGGCACCAUGGACUCUGAACGCCCUUCUCGUCGCUCCAGCUUUGCUGCUGCUGCUACUGAAGAAUUCGCGACCUCAACGACCGCAACGCACCCAACAGAGGGCCAAGCCGUCACCGAAAGCUUCCCUGUCCCGGAAAAAUGACUCCGAAUCCGACCAGUCCCUUCCUAUUCUUCCCUUCCUGACCACCUAUCGGUCAUGUAUGAUGGUCAUCACCUGCGUGGCGAUAUUGGCCGUGGACUUUCGCGUAUUUCCCAGACGAUUCGCCAAGGUUGAAAACUGGGGAACCUCGCUGAUGGAUCUGGGUGUCGGGUCGUUUGUGUUCUCCGGAGGAGUGGUCUCGGCUCGCUCAGUUCUCAAGGGUCGUCAAAAUGGAGGCGCGAAGAAGCCCCUGGGUCAGCGACUGGUGGCCUCGACCCGCCACUCGAUUCGCCUGCUUCUCUUGGGUCUGGUCCGACUGUAUACUGUCAAAGGUCUCGACUACGCAGAACAUGUGACGGAGUACGGCGUGCAUUGGAACUUCUUUUUCACCCUAGGCUUCUUGCCUCCCUUUGCUGAGAUCUUCGAUACGAUCGCCGCGCUGAUUCCAUCCUACGAGCUCCUAUCCCUUGGGGUGGCGGCUUUGUAUCAGGUGGCGCUGGAAUCAACGGAGCUGAAGAGCUAUAUCCUGGUCGCUCCCCGAGGACCCGACCUACUUUCCAGGAAUCGGGAGGGGGUGUUCUCAUUCGUGGGGUACUUCGCAAUUUUCCUGGCAGGCCGUGCCAUUGGCAUCCGGAUCAUGUCUCGCGGGGCGUCUCCAUCCACGACACCGCAACAGGCCAGAAGACGCGUAUUGGUCACUCUGGGAGGCCAGGCUCUGCUUUGGACGGCGGUGUUCCUGUUAAACUCGACGUAUGCACUGGGAUUUGGCGCCAAUAUCCCCGUGUCGCGGCGUCUUGCCAAUAUGCCAUACGUAGUCUGGGUGUCCGCGUUCAACAACGCGCAGCUCUUCCUGUUCUGCCUCCUGGAGACGGUCUUCUUCCCACAGGUUCAUCGGACGUCAGGACGAGAGGGCGAAGCCGAGCGGGUCUCCUUCGCGACCAGCCCUAUUCUUUCGGCUUUCAACAAGGAUGGACUGGGCAUCUUCUUGCUGGCCAAUCUUCUUACCGGUCUAGUGAACCUGAGCGUCCCCACCUUGGACGUGAAUACCGUCCAAGCCAUGGCGAUUCUGAUUGCGUAUGCAGCCGUGCUCACGGGGAUUGCGCUGGGAAUGGACCGGCUUGGUCUCAAACUGGCAAUUUGACGUGCCGGGGUGAAUGUGAUGUACAGUACUACAUACAUGUCUAUGAAUCUGAAUACCCC